AUGAAAGACACGACGGUCAUCAGACGGCGAGCCCGGCAAGCGCGCCUUCGUGAGGAGCGCAACUUCGAUGUCUGGGCUGCAACGGCCACUGCCGACCUUGUUCAGAAGCCCAUUCGGCCAUUAACCAGCGCAGCUUAUGAUCGCAUGUUGCAGGAAUGGGACACUUUCGCGUCGACAUCUGAGGUCAACUUGUCGCCACUCAAUGUGACGACGCUGAAGAAAUUCCUGAAAUGGUACGCUGACGGAAGGAAAGGGCGCCUAAGCUCGCCCGUGCCGGACAGUGGUGUGGCCCAGCACAUCACGCAGAAUUCCAUGUAUACUUGCUGGAAAAGCUUCAUGUCAGCGUGGCAUCGGCGCACGGGCGACAUCUUCUCCAAGAGUAUUCAAAACACCAUCGAGACGGUCAGUGUCAGACGCACCGCAUCCGGGAGUGAAAGGUUGACCGUCACCCAGCUGAUCUAUGGAGGUGACAACAACUGGCUGAACCUCCGCACAGCGCGUCGCGUCACGCGUAACUUUACGCUGACCGAUUUUCAGGCUUGUGUGCGACAGCUGUGGCAGAAUGAUUGGUACGACUUCAAUUGUGAAGCUUAUCGAAUUGGACUUCACCAAAUGAUGCUCAUGCAUAUUGGGACGUCGGCUCGAUCAGCUGAGUAUGUAAUAAAUCUGCGGUACCGUGUCCGUUUCUCCACCCCUCAUCGGCGGGCGGUUUUGCUGAGCGUGCAGGAUACGGUGCUCUAUCAAGUCUGGUUCGAAGAUCGUCCCCAUCCGCAGCUGGUGAUUGAUCUGUGUCGGAACCAUACCAAGGGUCUCGCCAACUUGCCCCGUCAACAGCCCGAACACCUGCUAUAUGAGCUCGUCGAUCUCCCCUUCUAUUACAAUACAGUGGCAUUCUUUGUGGCUGGACUUCUGUCGAUACAGGGGCUGCGCAACUUCGACACCUGGUCUGACCUGUGUGCAGCGACGAAGCCGCCAGAUCGCAAUUUCCUUUGGGUGGACUACACCGAAACUGUGCUCGACCGACAUGUCUAUGCCCGAUACAGUGCCGCGCCGGAUGGUGAGACGAAGGCAGCAACCUCGCUCAUCGGCGCCCUAGCCCUGCUUGGGCAGCGAACAGGAUUUCGCGACAGGCCGACACCGGGCGCCAUCCGUCGUGAAGCACUCUUGCAAGUAGAUCGACACGGUUAUUCUAUCAAUGAGCGGAUGCGGCAUGCCGAUCAUCGCAACCCCAACACGUAUGGCGGCUACUAUCAAAAUGCCAUCUCCACGGUCGAUGGGCAGGCCACGUACUUCGGACUCGAGCAGCAACUGCCCAAAUUGCACGAACUCUUCCGCGGGUUUUCCAUUCGCCGUGAUUAUCAAUAUCAGCCAGAGAUGCCAUUACGGUUGCAGAAUCAAAUAAGCGAUGCGCAGCCCGCGAUCGAGGAUGACAACGGUGUCACCGACCGGCGAGCGCGCCAGAAGCUCUACGACGAUCGUCGUCGACAGCGAGAUACUGUCCGCCGCACCAAUCAACGAUGCAGUGGUCAAGGAAGCACCAGGUCGGAAGGUUGUGCGUAUGAAUCCGACUUUCAGCAAGCCCGACGCCUGAUGCCGCAGCGAGACCGACUUGCCGGGAGCCUCUUCCAGACCGGCUCAUUGAGAAGUGCUGAAGGCAUUGACCUUAUGAGUGACUUGGUGGCCCUCUUCUCCUCUCGAAACCCUGACACCUAUUGUGUUGAACUCAACAGUUCGCGCUCGCACUGUGACACCUGUGGCGGUGCUCGUCCGAAAAUUGCCAGCCAGGAGUGGUGGCGACAUGUCUAUCACUGCCGAAAGGAAGAUUUCAAACGCCGAGGUGAUUUCACUGACUUCUGCUUUCUGUGUUUUGCAUGGUUUGACCAUGUUGACGCAUGGACGGAGCACGCGAGCCAGCACGGCCACAAUGUACCUCUGAAAUGCAACUUGGCUACGUUCCGCGGUACGGUGAUCCGACCAGCAUGGUGUCCAGACUGCACGAUUCAGCUGGAAAAGCCCGGGGGCGGUGGCAAAGGCCUGACACAAUUCUUUAAUGUGACCGCCUGGAAAGCUCACAUGGACAAACAUGUCCACGAGCUCCGACCGGGACAAUACCAGUGUUCGCACCCGCGCUGCGCGCAUUUGGAACGCUACGAGUCGAUUGCCGAGUACGUUGCGCAUCGAUUUGACGUCCAUCUCAUCCCUGUGCCGGAUGGUGUUGUGGACAACAGGUCUCGAGGUGCCAAGACAACUAACAAAGACCCGGCUGCUGAAGAAGAACCCUGUGAUGCAGCACACCUGCAGUCCGGGAGAACAUCACACUCCCAGCCAUGUGAAGCUUCUUCACAGGACUCAAUUCGGGCAGUCGCCCACUCAUCUCCAAGAGGGUUAUCAGCGCGCCCGGGUCGCACGAGCGCGGUCUUUGCGGAAGAGUGUGAGGACGGCGGCCGCCACGAUAAUGAUGAUGCAGCUUCCCCAGCCUUGAACAUGGAAAUCAGUACAAACCAUGACCAAGAUCUGCAGUAUGAGACAGACGAAUCGUUAGAGAUACUGGAUAGUGUCUCAUCAUCGGUAUCGUCGUCGUCCUCCUCGUCUUCUGGCCGACACACAUCGCCUCCUCGACAACAGAGUCGAUCAGCUGUUCGCAGUAAUCGGCCCAAAAGCGCUGAAUCCAAACUUACUACUAUCGAGGUGAUCAUUCCGACUAGACCUCCUCAGGGUUGGGAUAAUGUACCUCUUGCUGACUGCAUGGAAUUGACUGGCGAGCCACCAGAGGAGGAUACAGCUUGCGAGAAACUCGCUUCAGAGGAUAACUUCGUUGAGGUUGAAGCAGGUCACUCUAUGCGGCUUCCCCCUCGUAGGUCUUUCUUCCCAAAGCAUUCAACGUGUCCGGGAAAGCCACGUGAUGAUACUCCGAGUGGUACACGGAUGGGAAUAUACAAGAUCGCCGAGAGCUCGAGGAACUUCAUUCGGAGGAGAAACGCCAUCACUGAGAUGCAUGCUCGCACUAGAGAACGGCGUCGAUUACGCUUCAAGGUAUCUACGACGGCUUGUGUGUAG